AUGGGUGAGGCUCAAGCCUCACCUGUCUCAGUGGCUCCGCCGCCACUGUUUUAUCAUGAUAUAGAACAAUAUUUAUCAUAUCGAAUACCUGAAAUUAAAAAUCGUUUAGAUACAAACAAAUUAGCUCCAUCAUUUUAUUGUGAUCUAUCUGAACAUUGUUUAAAAAGAAUUCAACGUCCAAUAGCUUAUCCAAUUGAAUCUUGCAUUCAUUUAUUAAAGGAUAGUCUUCAAGAAGAAGGCCUGUUUCGUUUUGCACCAGCGCAAAUUAAACAAAAAAAAUUAAUGACUGAACUUGAUUUACAAUUAAUUGAUAAAAAUUCUAGAUUAGAAGAUUUUGGUUAUGAUGCACAUGUGCCAGCAAGUACACUUAAACAGUAUUUAAGAGGACUUCCUGAUUGUUUACUUACUAAUGCAUUGAUACCAGAUUGGAAUAAAAUUCCUUUACUUAGUACUGAAGCAGAUCGUGUUCAACGAAUUGGUCAAUUAAUAAAUCAAUUACCAAAAGUGAAUUAUGAUAAUCUUCGUUAUUUAAUUCGAUUUUUAAGUGAUGUUGCUAGACAUUCAUCGGUGAAUAAAAUGACAGCAAGUAAUUUAAGUAUAUGUAUCGGAAGUAAUCUUUAUCCAAAAGAACAAUCAUCAAAUUUCUCAACGCCAAACUUAUAUGCCAAUAGUUCAAUUAUUGUUGAACUUAUGAUUAUACAUUAUGAAACAUUAUUUUCAUCAAAUAAUCAAAUAGAUAUUGAACAAGAAAAUCUAUCAUCAUAUAAGUUUCAGCCUAAAACUCUUACAACUUCGAAUGAAACUUUAUUUGAUAAUCAAUCAAAUACGGGAUUGAUACAAUCAUCACCGAGAGUAAAUAAAAAAAACCGGCACCUUCUAACUACCGAAGAUUCAUUAAUAGAUAAAAUUCAUUCUAAACAACGAACAGUAUCGAGCUCAUCAAGUUCAAAUUCAAAUGAAAAAACUCAUCGUCGAAAUGAAAAUGUUGCCAUAGUACUCGAUUGUUCAAAUAGCGCAUCACUUGUUCCACAGCAACGUCAAAGACAUCUAAAUAAUAUUAAAGAACCCGAUAUUUCUCAAUCAAAAGAAGAAAACAAAAUAACAUCACAUGAUAAUAUUCAUUCUACAGAAAUCAAUUCAGACACAAAUUCAAGUCAAACAAGCAGCAGUGGUGUUUCUUCGCACCAUGAUAAUACAAAAACUUCUUCACAAGAAAUAACUCAAUUCUAG